AUGAUCAGGCGAUCUGGCCCGCCAUUAGAUACGUAUUUCCCCAAUCUUGUGGUGAGAUUACUGUCGGUGAAUCACGGUCCGGGCCCGGCCGUGCGGGUGCGAGUGACGAGGCGCUGCGCUAGCGCAGCUUGCGUCGCACCAACAUUCCACGCGAUCGUUGCCUCCACACAUUCGCAAACUGAUGCAAUAUUCAACUUUACUUCGUCCUUACAAUGCCGUAAUUCGUUAUAA